UGUUGAUGGAGCGGAACCGGAUUUACGCACGAGGGUAAUGCCCGUUGAGAGUGGGGAAAGAGACUACUUGUAGCCGGCGUGUCACACAUCGGGAUCAGUCUUGCCUCUGUGUGGGUCUGUCCGUCUUGUUGGUGUUGUCGUUCACUUGACCGUGCGCGUGCGGAAGAAGAACUCGAAAUCGAAGCGGCGCUUGUCGAAGAGAUUGACGAAAGAUGACUUUUGCAUCAAUGGUCGCAUCGUGGUACCGCUACGGGAUAAUAUCCGGCUGUCUUUGCGUUCUUCUCGCCGGUCUUUACCUUGAGAUGGACGCCAAACGUCGGACUAGUGAUGAGCAAGAGGAAUAUGUGGCUAGCAGGUCUGGUAGCGAGGUUGUCGUGUCUUCUGUCCGUCGAGGGAGUGCUGUCUUUUGCCAGGGAGACUCGUCGCGUACACGUUCGUGCCGUUUCAAAAAUUUGUGUUAUCGGGCUGCAAAAGACGAGUUCAUAUUUUUUCACGGUUCGGAGACUCUGGCUGCCGGGUUACCGAGGCAGAGAUUCGAUCCUGCGUUUUUGGAUUUGUCGUCUGUGGUUGGACAUAAUACGCAACACUUUGAGUAUACUGAUGUACCGGUUAGUGUGCUGGAGGAAGGAAGUAUUGAGGUGGAGAGAAUAGAGAGAGGGAGACACAUCAUCUUCAAGAGAUUCAAUCCUGGGAAUUUGAUGCACGUCAUUCAUGAUGACUUAUUGCCUUUAUACCUCACCAUUAGACAACAUCAUCUCGAUUGUGACAACAGAGAGAGAUGUCAUUACAGACUUGUCAUGAUGGACGAUCACAGCAACCUCGAAGGGAGCCGGGAUUUCCUGAAUUUGUACGACUUUCUUGCACCUUAUGGCUUUCUGAUGAAGCAGGAUCUGUUUCCUUCAUCUCCCAUGUCCCUUGUCAAGUCAUCCAACUCGGUGGUCUGUUUUGAGGAUGCAUUGAUUGGGUUGAACAAGUUGCCAACUUGGUAUCAGUAUGGGUUUAAUCGUCCACAGGGUCCUAUCUCCGAUUCUGAAUCGAAUGGUUACGUUCUCAGACAGUUUGGAUCUUUCAUCAGAAGCAAGUUUGGGAUUAAAGAGCAACAAGAUGAGAGUGAAGUUAUAAAACUUUAUCCAAAGAGUUCUAUAAAGCCAAGAAAUGUUGUCCUACUAAGUAGGUCCAUGAAUAGACUUAUAUUGAAUGAAAACGAUUUAGCUACUACUAUUACUAGUCAACUGGAAACACGUGUUCACAUUGCUGAAGUUGAAUCAAUGACUUUACAGGAGCAAAUUGCUCUUGUUUCCAAUGCUUCUAUUCUCAUCGGCAUGCAUGGAUCAUCACUGACACUUGCUUUAUUUCUUCGGGAGGGAUCUGCGCUACUCGAACUGUUUCCAUAUGCUGUGCCAGCUAAGGAAUACACGCCAUACAAAACACUCACAGAACUACCAGGAAUGAACGUUGCUUAUCAGUAUUGGGAGAAUAACAAUGAAGACAAUACCAUCACACAUCCCGACUAUGAGGCGACAUAUGGUGGCAUAUCCCACCUAGACAAAGAACAACAGGAGAAAAUCAAGAGCAGUCGGAGAGUAGAAGCUCACUGGUGCUGUGAGAAUCCCGAGUGGCUUUACAGAAUCUAUCAGGACACGUUCGUAGAUAUUCCAGAAGUUGUUCGAAUGGUAAAGAAGGUAUGGCAAUCUGCAAUACAUAUCCAGGACAACUUGAACAAAGUUCAACAGGCGAAGGCCAGUCACAUACCUGGAACAAUCUUUCCAUCUAAAGUUAAGAAUGUGACCUGCUUUGCAAGUUCAGACAGCGUUGAGGCUUCGUUAGUUGUCUCAUGGGCUCCAUCCUGGAAUCAGCAGCAUAUACCUGGAGAAGUGUGGUAUGAAGUUUGGAUUCAAGAAAAGGGAGUGGACGACUACAAUGCGUAUAAGCUACAGGCAACCGAGUUCGCUUUUACACAUAAUAUCAGACAUAAUGCAAACUAUAUUGUGUGGGUACGAUCUGUUAUAGGUAACUUGGAAGGUCCAUUUAGUGGUAGUGUACUCUGUGACACAUAAUUUCUGAAAUCUAUUGGAAGUAUAAAAAAUCUUGCUCUACCCUUUUAUUCUUUAUUUUGAUGUCUAUGAAGAUAGCCGUGAUUUAUUGUGACCACUAUUUGAUCAAAUACAACAGUAUAUAUCAAACAAACU